CCUCGGCAAAAAAAACGGAAAGUAUCACCACGAACACAAAUCUGCUAGUUGUGUCAAAUUGGAUUAUAUUUCUCUGAGCCAUAUCUAAAUCAGACCAGUGCCAUGGCUGCUGGCAUCACGAUCCGAAGAUACCAGGAUGAUGACAAGGAGACCGUGAAGGAGAUCUUCACCAUGGGGAUGAGUGAGCACGUCCCUUCCUCCUUCAUGCACCUCCUCAAACAGCCCCUGACCCAGAUGAUCCUGAUGGUCACGUUCUGCGCCCUGCUGGCCAGCUCCAAGUCCGUCCUGCUGCCUGUAGUAGGGGUCACUCUCCUCCUGGCCGGGGCCAAGCAGCUGGUGGGCUACCUCUUCAACAGCUACAUCGACACCUCCCUGAGGAAGGACCUCGACCACAUCCAGGAGACCUACCUGGAGAACAAGGACUCGUGUUUCUGGGUGGCUGAGAGCGACGACCGAGUGGUGGCAACGGUGGCCUGCCUGCCUGCGGAGAGAGAACCGGGCUGCAUGGAGCUGAAGAGGUUGUCUGUACGUCGGACACACCGGGGGAUGGGUAUCGCUAAGGCCCUCUGUAGGACAGUGGCAGACUUCAGCAGGGAGAGAGGCUUCCCUGCGGUCGUUCUCUACACGUCUGUAGUGCAGACUGAUGCACAGAGGCUGUAUGAGAACUUAGGCUACACACGGGUUAGAGAGUUCGUCAUCCCUGAGCCCAUCGCCAAAAUUGCCAACUUUACCUUGAUAGAGUACAGACUGGACUUACUGCAGGGGGGGAAAUAGGAAGAGGACUGGACUUACUGCAGGGGAGGAAAUAGGAGGAGGACUGGACUUACUGCAGGGGGGGAAUAG